AUAUUCUCUUCUCCUAUACCGUUAUAUCUCUCACCUUCUCUCACUUCUCCCCUCUCCUCCUCCUCUUCUUCCCUAUCAUCGCAUUCGCAACCAAACUCAUAUAUAUUCUUUCGCCUUCACACAUUCCUCUAUAUUUAUUAUUUCUUCACACAUACUAUACCAUACCAAUUACCAACUCAUACAAAUCACUACCUUCUUUUUUCUUUCAUCUGAAAUUUCAUCUUUCUGUUCGUUUUUUUCUUUAACGGAAAGCCAUGAAAUUCGGAAAGAGCCUGAGUAACCAGAUCGAGAAAACCCUACCGGAAUGGCGCGACAAGUUCCUCUCCUACAAGGAACUCAAGAAGAAGCUCAAGCAAUUGGACCCUGCUCCUAAGUCCGACGACCGCCCUGCCAAACGCCCUAGGCUCGACGCCGCCGGAGAUUCCGACGCCGCUGCACCGGAAAUCUCCAAGGAGGAACUUGACUUCAGGAAUCUCCUUGAAAAAGAGCUCGAGAAAUUCAAUAACUUCUUCGUCGAGAAGGAGGAAGAGUACAUUAUCAGGCUCAAGGAGCUUCAGGACAGGGUGGCCAAGGUGAAGGUUUCCAGUGAAGAGUUGAUGAAAAUUCGCAAGGAAAUUGUGGAUUUUCAUGGAGAGAUGGUCUUGCUGGAGAACUACAGUGCCCUUAACUACACAGGGCUAGUGAAAAUACUGAAAAAGUAUGACAAGAGAACUGGUGCUCUCAUCCGGUUGCCCUUCAUACAGAAGGUCUUGCAACAACCUUUCUUUACCACUGAUCUGCUCUACAAGCUAGUGAAGGAGUGCGAAGCAAUGCUUGAUCGUCUUUUCCCAGUGAUUGAUUCUCCACCUUCUGGCGAGACAACUCCCCAAGCUGAAGGAUGUGGUCCUUCAACUUCCACCACUACCAAGAGCAAUGGUUUCUUGAUACCUAAGGAAUUAUCAGAGAUCGAGUACAUGGAGAGCCUCUACAUGAAGAGUACUAUAUCAGCAUUGCACGUAUUGCAGGAAAUUAGAAGCGGGAGCUCGACAGUUAGUGUUUUUUCGUUGCCGCCACUGAAGAUUAGUGGAUUGGAAGAAACAUGGAAGAAAGUUCCAGUUCUGGAACAAGCGGCCAAGUAACUUGCUUGGUUGCUUUUCACGGCAGUGUGGUGGGGAUGGCUUCUCUGUCCCACCCUUUUUCCCUGAAAUCCGCCUUUGUUAUGCACGGCUUAGAUACUAACACUGAUGUAAUUCUAAAUGUAAAGAUGGAAUUAAUUUUUAUAUAAUCAUAGGGUUCCAUAUAAUAAAGAGUCUGGAAAUCACAGUUGUUCUGUUUUGGCUGUUGAUAGUUCGUUGACGGUCAUAUUCUAUAUCUGUAGUUAAUACUUAAUAGUUAUAUAUUUUGUAUCUGCUUCAUACUAUAAUGUUAUAGGUUCCAAUUUGAAAAUCA